GGAGAAACACCACACCACUGCUCCGCCGGCUGCUCCUGUGUGCACUCUACUCUAGACUGCAGGACACCACGCAACAACACAUGGCCAGGCAACAACACCUCUGAGAUUUUGACCGGAGAAAAAGGGAACAGCCUGUACCUGCUUCGUCAUGGUGUAUGGCCAGGUCCUCCAUCUGCCUCAAGACUGCUUCAUUAAUGUCAACGUCGGAGGUUUCAAACAACGACUGGAUCACACUGUUCUGAAACGAUUCCCUCAGACGCGCCUGAGUCGCCUGCUGUGUUGCAGUUCCAAAGAGGCCAUCCUGGAGCUCUGUGAUGACUUCAGCCCGUCUGAAAUGGAGUACUACUUUGACCGCAACCCAAGUUUUUUCUGUUACGUUCUCAACUUUUACCUCACAGGUAAACUACACCUGGUGGACGGGUUGUGUGUGGUCUCAUUUAUCCAAGAGAUCGAGUAUUGGGGCAUCAAGGAGCGCCACCUGGAUUUAUGCUGCAGCAACAAAUUCAGUGAGCUGAUGGAGCUUGCUGAAGAGAGGAACUGGGAUCAGAGGAGUGAUAAGCAGGAAAUCGACAGUUGUUCCAUGGAGGAGCUGUCAGUUUUAGAGGAUGACACUGAGAUGUUUGAAGGCUCUUGGUGUGGGGACGCCCGCAGGAGUGUUUGGAUUCGACUUGAGAAUCCGGGCUUCUCCACUUCAGCCAAAGUGAUGGCUGUGGCAUCACUGAGUCUGGUUGUUAUCUCCAUAGUAACCAUGUGCAUAAACAGCAUGCCAGUCUUCCAUCAGGUGGACCUCGAUGAAAAAGUGAUUGAAGAUCCGGUGUUGACUUUUUUUGAGAACCUCUGCGUCCUUUGUUUCUCUGCAGAGUUCAUCCUUCGCUUGGCUGUUGCACCCUCAGCCAGGAAGUUCUUGUGCAGCCCUUUGAAUAUCAUUGACUUACUGUCGAUCAUGCCAUUCUACGUCACUGUGGUCUGUGAUAUGGUUAAUGGAGAGGAGAGCACAGAACUGGAGAAUGUCGGCAAAGUGGUGCAGAUCUUGAGGCUGAUGCGAGUGUUUCGUAUUUUAAAACUGGUUCGUCAUUCGGUUGGCCUACGCGCUCUUGGUGCCACACUGCUGCACAGCUCCCAUGAAGUGGGCCAGCUGGUGCUUUUCUUGUCAGUGGGCAUCUUCUUGUUUUCUGCUCUCAUGUACUGCGCAGAGAAGGACUCUUACGAGUCAGAGCUGCGGACCAUCCCCAUUGGCUGGUGGUGGGCCACCAUUAGCAUGACCACAGUGGGCUACGGGGACACCCUCCCAGUUACUGUAGCUGGGAAGCUGAUCGCAACUCUGUGCAUCAUCUGUGGACUCCUGAUUGUGGCUCUGCCCAUUACGAACAUCUUCAACAAGUUCUCCAAGUUCUACCAGAAGCAAAGCCUCUUAGAUCUCAAUCGAAACAAACUCUGAACUCUCUCUGGCAAGUACAGCUGGGUUGUAAAGCGUACCACAAGAGCUCAUUUACAUCUCCUGAGAAGUAUUAGUACAAGUAGGACAUUUUAGGUGAGUUGAAUCAGAGUUAGGUUUGGGUUACUGAUUUCAUGUGCAUGGUGUAGGGUUAAAUAAAAUGCCAGUCAAAAGUGACUUUAUUUAAUGAAGCUAGCUUAGCUAUCAGGCAAGACUCUUCCUUUUUUCUAACUAUUAUUUUGACGUUCUCUUGAACACCAGAAAAUGGCCAAACUGAUCAUCAUAAAAAAGACUAAAUGAAGGUUAACAUCUCCAGAUUGAAUGUUUUGUCCAACUAAGCCAAUCCCAACUAUACACCAUUUGGCACCAGUGUGAAUUGAGACUGUGUAUUUUGUGAACAUUAUAGGCAUUAUAGGAAAUGAUUUGCCCCUUCUAUGAACAGACACAUUAAACAAAGUCUGUUGCACAGUAAGGUCCAUUCUAGCUUAGUUAACAUUAGCUUUCAUUAGCUAGUGGUAAAGCCAGACCAAUAAAGGAACCAAAUGACUGAUAUCGUCAUUUAUUACAAAGUAUUACUUUUGUUUUCUAAUGUGAAAAUGUGUUGUAGAAGUUAUAAAGUGUAAGCCUAAUGUAGUUUAUAAUCAGAAUAUGAGUCUGGUAACAAUCCAUUUGGUUUUCAUUAUGGUGCAAUCAGAGCCAUUUUGUUGGAAACAGACAGAGGUCAGAUGACAUGUACGAAUACUUCGCUGUUACUCUUCUGUCCAUCACCACAUGAAGUCCAAACUGUAUCAUUUGUCUGACAGAUCUUUACAGAUGUGACAGAUCUUUGUAUUUGUUUCAAAAUUCUUUUAAUUGCUUAACCCUGUGAGAGGCCUCUUAGUGGCUCAUCAUUGCAGUGAACUCUUAAUCAGUGAGCUUGUGUAAAGAGUCCAUAAAGAUCCUUUAGAAGGUGCUGAAUUCACAGUUCACUAUGAUGCUUACUGAUAUUCACUAACCAGAGAGGAAUA